UUCUUUUCUCUUUAUGCUUUGAAACGUGCUGAUGGAAAAGCCGUGCUUCCUCGACUGCAUGGAGUGCCCACUUCUACUCUUCUACUUUUGACUCGCAACUCCUUGAGCUGAGAAUGCACGCGCGGAAUGCGGUUUUGUUCAUGUGUUGAUGAUGCUGUGAUUUAGAGUUUGCUGAAUUGUUUUCGGUUGGCAGUUGUGUAGUUAUCAGUAUAUCAUUUUAAGAUAUUGAAUUUCCAACAUGUUGACGACCAAAACUUUUCUGAAAAAGACCAAGCGUGGAAAUAUACUGAAGAUUGUCCGAGAGCACUAUUUGAGAGAAGAUAUAUGGUGUGGUUCUGCUUUGUGUGAUAAAUGUCCUAUGAGUGAACCUGUGCUUUCAGCAAACCCAGAGUCUGCUAGUGAAUUAUUUUCGUUCCCUCAUUACAUAGUUUUAGACACAUGUGUUGUCGUACAUCAGAUUGAUGUAUUGGAAGAAAAAACUUUGUGCAAUGUCAUCAUUCCACAAACAGUAAUUGAAGAAGUGAAACAUCAGAGUAGUACAAUAUAUAAAAGACUUAAAGACAUCAUUGGUAAUCCAGGCAGAAAUUUCUAUGUGUUUGUAAAUGAGCAUCAUAUGAAAACAUACAUUGAGCGACAACGUGGGGAAACUGCUAAUGAUCGUAAUGAUCGUGCAAUUCGAAAGACUGUGGCUUGGUAUCAAAGCCACCUUGCUAGUAGUCAGAGUGGCAUCAAUAAGUCUGAACGUGUUCAAAUCCUUCUCUUAACAAAUGAUGGAAAGAACAAAGAGUUGGCUGCCAAGGAAGGGCUGUGUGUGGCAUCAGUGCGGGAAUACAUUCAGAGCCUAGUGGGUUGCCCAGGUCUUCAGGAUAAACUUGCUGUAACAGAACCAGAGCGUGAUGGCAAUGCCCGAGAAUAUUUAUUUCCUCCGCACUUACCGCCUAGUCUAAUUCAUGAUGGCAUUAAGUCAGGGAAACUUCUGCAAGGCACCUUUUAUGCUUCCCGAGAAAAUUUCUUAGAGGGUCAUGUUAAUGUUGAAGGACAAGAGAAAAUGUGGUCAAGUCCUUCUGAUAUUGUGCUUCAGGAUGAAGAAGAUGACCCUGGUGAUAUUUUGGACGAUCGUACUGAAGCAUUAUCAGGAAGUCGGGCUGCUUCUUCAGAACGGAUUCCAACUGGACGAGUUGUUGGUAUCAUUCGGCGAAAAUGGCGACAAUACUGUGGUAUUCUGCAACCCAGCCCAGUCAAAGAUACUGUUCGUCACAUUUUUGUGCCAGCUGAACGUAAAAUCCCCAAAAUCAGGAUAGAAACAAGACAGUCUGAAGUUCUGGCAUCUCAACGUAUCAUUGUAGCAAUUGAUUCUUGGCCCCGGCAUUCAAGAUACCCCUCAGGUCACUUCGUACGUGCUUUGGGUCCCAUUGGUGAUAAGGACACAGAAAAUGAAGUGCUACUCCUGGAGCAUGAUGUUCCUCACAGCCAAUUUUCAGAGGCAGUUAAUGCGUGUUUGCCAAAAUUACCCUGGAUUAUCACUGAUGAUGACGUGGCCGAGCGGCAGGACCUGCGCCACAUUGACGUGUGCUCGGUGGACCCGCCGGGCUGCACGGACAUCGACGACGCGCUGCACUGCCGCUUCCUGGACAACGGCCACGUGGAGCUGCUGAGCUCCAACCUGUGCUCGCUGCGCGGCAACGAGGAGCGCUUCGCCUUCUCGUGCGUGUGGGAGAUGACGCGCGAGGCCCGCAUCGUGGCGACGCGCUUCCACAAGAGCAUCAUCCGGUCGCGCGCCGCGCUCACCUACGAGCAGGCGCAGCUGCGCAUCGACGACCCGGCGCAGAAGGACGCCAUCGCCACGUCGCUGCGCGAGCUCAACCGCCUCGCCAAGAUCCUUAAGCGCAGGCGUAUCGAGAACGGUGCCUUGGUGUUAGCUUCCCCUGAGAUAAGAUUCCAAGUUGACAGUGAGACCCAUGAUCCAAUUGAGGUGGAAGCAAAGAAACUUAGGGAAACUAACUCAAUGGUUGAAGAAUUCAUGUUACUUGCUAAUAUCUCUGUGGCAGAGAAAAUUGUAGAAGAAUUUCCAGAAUGUGCAAUGCUACGUCGUCAUCCUGAACCUCCUGUUGCCAAUUUUGAGCCUCUUGUAAAGGCAGGUCACAAAUUGGGUUUCAAUAUUGUAACCAGCACGGGCAAAGAACUUGCUGCUUCUUUAGAUGAAGCAGUAUUACCUGAUAAUCCUUAUUUUAAUACGAUGUUGAGAAUUUUAGCAACUCGUUGUAUGAUGCAAGCAGUGUAUUUUACAAGUGGAAUGUUGCAACCCGAUGAAUUCUUUCAUUAUGGUUUGGCUUGUCCAAUUUAUACUCACUUCACAUCACCAAUUCGCCGAUAUGCAGAUAUCAUUGUUCAUAGACUUCUAGCAGUGUGCAUUGGUGCUGACAGUACAUAUUCAGAUUUGCUUGACAAACGCAAGAGUCAUGCUCUUUGCCACAAUCUGAACUAUAGAAAUAGAAUGGCCCAAUAUGCUGGAAGGGCCUCUGUAGCACUGCAUACACAUCUAUUCUUCAGAGGGAAGGUGCAAGAUGAGGAAGGUUAUGUUCUGUUUGUACGAAAGAAUGCAUUGCAAAUUCUCAUUCCUAAGUAUGGUCUUGAAGGAACAUUGUAUGUGGUACCUAAGAAAGGAGAAGUUGCCACUGCAAAUUUUGUGUACAAUGAGGAGGAACAAACGCAAAAAUGUGGUGAUGUGACAUUUAGGUCAUUUGAUCCUGUUACUGUUCAGUUGAGUUUAGAUCGUAGCAAUUUGCAGCAUGAGAAAUUAGUGUUGAAGUUAGUGAAGCCUGUGAUUCCUGGAUUUAGUGUACCAUCAAGUGAUGAGCCAAUUCCAAUGGCAAUAGAUGAACAAGAUGGUGGGAAACGUAAGGAUGGUUCUGUUGUUGAUACUGUUUCUCAGAAGAACAAAUCAUCUCCAUCCAAGAAGAAACGAUAUAUUUGUAAUAAUUGUGAAAUAUUUCUGACAAUUCAUUUGUUUGUUGAUGAAUGUAUUUUAAAUAGAUAUCUUUUUAUAUUAUAA